GACCCUGAACACAUUUGAGCGUAGAGGGGUGCCAAAAAUGGGGGGUCAGUACUCCUAAAUCCAUAGGUACCAAGGGAGACGUGGACAUCGCUUUUUGAAACGACCUGACUUUCAAACCUCACUUUAACAUGGAAAAAUUCGUCGACACACGUCGCCUUACGGCGCGGGUCGGCGUGAAGAUGAUCGAAAAGGCACAUAGCUGCGAGGAGUGCGCAAAAAUUACUAUCAGAGAGGCUGACGUCGCUGAAAGCCCACACGAGGUCAUAUUAUCCACCGAUUAUGAUCUAGCAGUACGAGGUAAACGAUUCGUUAGUAAAACGCAUAGCCCACCGUUUUCCCCUUCUUUUUCUCCAGAUGGUGCAACCCUGUGUUUAGACUAAUCCGCAUUCACCUCGAUUGGUAGCAAGUGAAAAAUGUAUGUUCUACCGUUAUCUGGUACGACUACUGCAUGCCUCUACUAUCAAGCCGGGCUCUCCUGUCAUUGCUCGCUUCGAUCCGAAGCGCAAUGGCUAUCUACGACUGCCCAGGAGCGACUUGCUCCGCGUGUAUUCCGCUGGCGAAGGUGACAUCUCGUCUCAGCAGUUCCCCGUAGCAAAGCCAUAUCCUGACGUCAGAUCCGAAAGGGCUUUUGACCAAGCAAAGUGCUGGAUUCAGGAAUGCUAUGCGACCCAUCGCUUCUGUACAACAAUCCAGACGGGCUUCGCGCCUACCCGGUUAAUGGAAAUCGGAGAGAAAGGUGCCAGCCAUGUGAGGAUUGUCGAAACUAGGACGAUGACAAACGUCAGGUGGGCAUCGCUAAGUUACGUCUGGGGUGGUCCCCAGGAGAUCCGAACGACGAUUGCGACUUUACCGGCCAAUCAAAAAGGCAUCGAGGUCGCUACUCUACCCAAAACACUAGUCGAUGCGAUUGAGGUGUGCCGAGAACUGACGCUUUCUUAUCUCUGGAUUGACGCACUGUGUAUCAUCCAGGACGACCCAGGCGACCUUCUUCAUGAACUCGGUUGUAUGCCGAGUAUUUAUCAGGAGAGCUAUGUGACGAUUUCCGCUGCCAAAGCAGUAGGAGUACAAGAGGGGUUCCUGAACGAGACGGCCGUGUAUACUUACGACUCGCUCCCUCCAACGCAGAUCAGCUAUGAGUCGCGUCAUGGCAAACUGGGGCAUGUUCUACUGUGCCAGUUUGAUCACCACCGGGUCUUGCUGAGUGAUCCCAUCGAUAGCCGGGCGUGGACAUACCAAGAAACACUCCUGUCACCGCGAUUGCUUCGUUACAGUCGGAACUACAUACAAUGGAGUUGUAGAUCAUGCCAGUUAUACGACGGAAGCUGGAAGAAGCAGGACAUGCGUUUCGAUUCCGACGCAUAUAAUUGGAAUUACGGUGAGGUUCCCUGUGUACCCGGUCUACCUAUGCCAGCGUGGGAACCAGUUGUGGAAGCUUAUAGCAACCGGAACAUGACAAAUCAGUCGGAUAAGCUCGUGGCUAUUUCUGCUAUUGCACAAGUCUUCGCCAAGGCUUUUAAUUAUAUUUACCUAGCUGGCUUAUGGAGGGAAACCCUUCCACUCGGACUCUGCUGGAUGGUGGCGCAAGGUAUAAGAAAACCGAGACCGAAAGAAUUACGAGCCCCAUCAUGGUCAUGGACGUCAAUCGACAAUCCGAUUAGGUACGCUGGUGAUUGGUUUAGAAAGUUGGAUGAAACCCGUGAUGGGGCUACCGGCGGUUUUAUCGGAAUGACAACUGUUGCUGAUGGUGCAGAGGUCCUUGAUUAUACACUUGUACCGACAAAGCCCGGGCUGGAGUACAUCAGCAUCAAAUCAGCCGAAUUGACUUUGAGAGGCGCCAUACGCCCAGUGGAAUGGAACAUUGACUAUAGUUCCGGGAUCGGGUCGAUCUACGCCCCCGGGAUUGACGUCGAUGAAACCUUGUUCACAGGUUACGCCGAUGCGUGGGAGGAUGACUGGCCACAGAAGGAGGCUGUCUUGGAGUAUCUCGAAACGCACGCCCAAGAGGGAGUCAGCGGAAAUGAAGAUGAUGAUGAUGAUGAUGAUGAUGAACAGUCUGAUUCCGGCAGUUCUGCAAUCGUGUACAAGACUCUUGAAGUAUUCGCGCUCCUUGCUAUCAAGUCCAGGAGCUAUGACCACGGUUAUCUUCCUCAGGGCCCCGGAGACAACGUCCUUGGAAGCGAGGCUUCAUUGGAGAGAUGUGGGUUGCUGCUCACAAAAGACGGUGACAAGUACAAGCGGGUAGGGUUCCUGCGUUGGUAUGUAGAUGAAGAGUUGUACAACUCCGAAGCCGCAAAAUUACCAGGGUUCGAGAUGCGGACCAUUACCAUAAUUUAGUAGCGAGACCAACGAAAUCAUUAACAAAGGAAUCGUCCACAACAAA